AACGUCGGAAGCCUUGAUGCAUGUAGUGUGUGUUUACUGCAGCUGGAGUGGGCCACAGACCAGAGAAUAGUGACAAAGAAACUACCUCACUGGAAAUGCCCUCAUUACCAGCUUCUGAUGGGUUUCAAAAUCCAGUCCAGUCUUCAGGACUAAAUUCCAAGAUCUGUAAUCCCACAAAUCAAUUACUUGAUCGUUCUGUCUCUGCCCCUGCUUCAAUUUGCUCAUCCGAAUCCAGCCUUGCAGAGCCCAUUGAUCCCAGAGCCGUCAAGACUUUUGACUCUUCACCUGAACGCCAGAUAAUCCCGGAAAAAGAGCAUCCUCUGGUGUUAGAGCAUCUUUCCAAUAGCUCUUCCUUGGCAAAUAACCCGUCUCCCCACACCGGGGAGGCAACCUGCUCCAAUCCAGCUUGCCUUUCACAGAAGACACUCGAAGAAACAUUUAUUGCUGACAUUUUAAAGGAAUGUAAUGCUAAAGGACAAGAUCACAGUCAGGAACAUCCUCUGGAAGUGACAAAAGACAAUUUGACUGACACUGCUGCCAAGCAUGGGCAGGAUGAAGAUGUCUGUCUGCCUUCGGAGCAGGAGCAAGAGCAUGAGCUUCCCAUAGGCCAUCGGACGUGCAAAGAGCCAGAAAAGGAACAUCUGGAGGAGCAAAAUGAGACAACUGACCCAGAACUUCCUUGCCAUGUUGGUGGGGUUGAGAAACCUGUUGUGGCAGAAGCCAACCAGCCAGAAGAUCCUCCCCUGGAAACAAGAGAUGGACUAGAGAGAGCAGGUCUUUCCUGUGCGAAAGGGAUUAUCCAGCUGUCAGCCUCCUGUGUGCACAUGGAAGCCUCCAUGGAAGUCGAUGUAGUUGAGCAGGAUGCAGCUGAAGUGCGGAGCUCAGCAAGGGAGCAGAAGCAGCAGACCGACGACAGAUGUGUAUCUGACCUGAGCUCGGAUGCCUUUUCCAUGGAGGUGGAGUUGCUGAAGUCUCCGUCCUCCUCGAGGGCUCUGCUUCCCACUGGUGAUGUCCUGCAGUCUAAAAGCUCUGGGGAAAUUCCUGCAGAGUUGUCUAAUUUGGUGGCUGAAGUCAGCUCUUCCCCCUCCAGCAUCCACGAGCUGAACACGGCUCCAGGAGGACCUUCAGAAGAGCCAUGUUUCCCUCUGGCAUCAGCCUUGAAAGAGCUUCACAAACUCUUGGUUAUCAGUCGGAAAGGGGAAUGUAAGAUUCUCACCUCGGAAGAAGUCUCCCAGCUGGAAAUGGUUCGCAGAGAGCCAGCAACAGUGGAGAAGGGGCUUCCUGAAGGUGAGCAGAAAGGCUCAGAUCCAGCGAGCCAGGAACAGAGCUGCUCCUGCCCCGAGGUGAGGUCUGAGGGGAGCCAGCCUUGUGAUUCCAGCAGAGAGCACGUCAGCACCGGGCCCGUCGGUCAUGGUCAGCCUGCACUCGGGGAGGGGGCUCUAGGGAGGCAGAAGGGUCCAGGUAAGAGCCAUUUGGUCCUGGAGAGUUCUGCAGCCACACCUGGGCAGCAGCAGAGCCUGGAGCAGGGGGAGGCUUUGGCAGAAGCUUCUCAGAGUCCAGCUAGUCCGACUUUGGAGCAAAACACACCCGUUUCCUCCACACCUGCUUUGGGUGAAGGCGCACCUCAGGAUACGAAGGGCCUGUUCACGGGAGCGCCUGGGAGGAGCAGCAGUGCUGCUCCUGAGGGUGGGUGUGAGGAGCCACCACUGAACCCACCAGCUGCCUGCACCAGACUGGCCGCGGGUGCCACUCCAGCCCCUGCUUUCCCUGCGGCUGAUGUCGACCGGAUCCUCAAUGCUGGUUUCACCCCGCGGGAGGCUCUCGAGGCCUUGGAACAAGCGGAUGGAAAUGCAGAUCUUGCUCUUCUCAUUUUGCUGGCCAAGAGUAUCGUCGUUCCCACGUAACAGGGAGCUGGCUGGGGGGUCUUCUACAGGAUGUAUCUCAAUUACACACCACAAUGGAUGAGCAGAAUGUUGAGCCAGAUUUUUUAAUUAUUUGCAGCCAAAGUAACUUGUCUCUUCUGUUUUACUUAAUAGAUUUGGCCUCUGAGAAGAAAGAAAACAUCCUAGCAUUGUGUGGACAGAAUAGCUUUUAAUUCUUCAUACUGGAUUAAAAUGACUGGGUUAUUUAAAUGUACAAUUUUAGAAUAAGCUCCAGUGCUACGAAUAAAAAGCAGAAGCCGUUGCGCUCACUGCCCUGCCUGGAGCAAAGUGGGUUGUGACAGGAAUUGGCCAUGGGAUGGGAGGUGCACAUGGAGUCCACACGGACUCUGGAUUUGUUGUAGCUCUUUGUAACCCAAAAUCCAGCUGUUGAAACCAUCCUGGCAGCAACUAAAGAUGUGUAGAUGCCCACAGACAUAAAAGGCUUUGUUAGA